AUGGGAGACAAAGACACUGUCGAGAAGUUUCUGGACAACAACCCACAGUUUGCAAUGGAAUACUAUGACAAGAAAGUCAAGGCAGAUGUUAUCACAGCUGCCUUCAACAACCAAAUUCAAGUUCAGGAUCCGACUUCCUACAAGGAUGUCACCUGCAUCCAGGAGGCUGAGUUCAUGUUCGAGCUUUUGAAGGAGAUACAGGGCACCAAUCCCAUGGAGAAGGCCCUGCACAAAAUUCUGCAGAGGAUCGCUCUGUUGAUCCAGGCCGACCGCUGCAGCUACUUUGGAUACCGGGCUCGUAAUGGAACGCCUGAGCUUUCCACCAUCCUCUUUGACGUGACGCACAACUCUAAAUACGAAAGCAAUAUCGUGAACCCCAACGUGGAGAUUGUUUUUCCCACCGACAUGGGAAUUGUUGGGUUCACGGCACACUCCAAGAAGCCUCAGGUUGUCGCUGAUGUGAAGAAGAAUUCUCACUUCAGCGACUUUGUGGAUAAACAGACCAAAUACACCACCAAAUGCAUGCUCACAGCUCCCGUUAUGACUGAGAAGGAGCCCAUCGGUGUCAUCAUGGCGCUUAACAAACAAGGAGCUGAGGAGUUCUCCAAGAGCGACCAGGAACUCUUUAUGAAAUAUGUGAACUUUGCCAGUGUGGUCCUGCUCCAAGCAUACACAGCUUACAUGUGGGACAUAGAGUCCAGGAGAAGUCAGGUUUUGCUGUGGUCGGCGAGCAAAGUUUUUGAAGAGUUGACGGAUAUUGAGAGGCAGUUUCACAAAGCCCUGUACACAGUGAGGACAUACAUCAAGUGUGAGAGAUACUCUGUGGGACUGCUGGACAUGACCAAGGAGAAGGAAUUCUUCGAUGAGUGGCCAAUCAAACUCGGGGAUCAGGAGCCAUACAAAGGGCCCAAGACCCCUGAUGGCAGAGAAAUCAACUUCUACAAGAUCAUUGACUACUUGCUUGAAGACAAAGAGGAAAUUAAAGUCAUCCCCGGCCCUCCUGCAGACCACUGGGCGCUGGUCAGCGGACUUCCAACAUACGUGGCUGAGAACGGAUUCAUCUGCAACAUGAUGAACGCUCCAGCCGAUGAGUACUUUACGUUCCAGAAAGAAGCUGUGGAUGAAACCGGAUGGAUGGUCAAGAAUGUCCUCUCCCUCCCGAUUGUCAACAAAAAAGAAGAAAUUGUUGGGGUCGCAACUUUUUUCAACAGAAAAGACGGCAAACCAUUUGACGAGAACGACGAGCAAAUCACAGAGGCUCUGACGCAGUUCCUCGGCUGGUCCACCUUGAACAGCGACACCUACGACACUCUGAACAGGACAGAGUGGAAGAAAGACGUGGCCGAGGAGAUGCUCAUGUACCAGACGAAGGCCACGCUUAGCGAUGUGCAGUCUAUUCUGAACACUGAGGAGAAGCUUGGUUCAGCGCCGGAGGACUGUGACCAGAAAGAGAUGUACAAACUGCUGAAAGCCAACAUUCCCGACGCGCAGAAGGUGGAGCUGCUCGAAUUCCGCUUCAGUGACUUUCCUUUGUCGGAGUUUGACCUCAUUAAGUGUGGCAUUCGCUGCUUCUUUGAGCUGGGGGUGGUGGAGAAGUUCAAAGUCCCCGCUGAGACCCUCACACGAUGGAUGUACACAGUUCGAAGAGGAUACCGAGACAUCACCUACCACAACUGGAGGCACGGCUUCAAUGUUGGACAAACCAUGUUCACUUUGCUGCUCACGGGUAAAUUGAAGAAGUAUUACUCAGACCUUGAGGCCUUCGCCAUGGUUGCGGCUGGAUUCUGCCACGACAUCGACCACAGAGGAACCAACAACCUCUACCAGACAAAGAGCGCGUCCCCACUGGCAAGACUGCACAGCACCUCCAUUCUGGAGCGGCACCAUCUCCAGUACAGCAAGACGCUGAUGUCGGAUGAGAACCUGAAUAUUUUCCAAAACAUGCAGAAGCGUCAGUUUGAAACAGUGCAGCAUCUGUUUGAGGUCUGCAUUAUUGCCACUGAUCUCGCCCUCUAUUUCAAGAAGAGAACAAUGUUCCAAAAGAUUGUUGAAGCUGUUGAAGGGAUUCCAGAGGAGAAAGACAAGGUCAGCCACAUCUCCAACAAUGCAACCAGGAAGGAAAUUAUCAUGGCAAUGAUGAUGACAGCUUGUGACCUGUCGGCCAUUACAAAGCCAUGGGAGGUUCAGAGCAAGGUUGCUCUGAUGGUGGCGGCAGAGUUCUGGGAGCAGGGAGACCUUGAGAGAACGGUUCUCGAACAACAGCCAAUUCCCAUGAUGGACAGGAACCAUGCUGAUGAGCUUCCCAAGAUGCAGUGUGGUUUCAUUGACUUUGUUUGUUCUUUUGUUUACAAGGAGUUUUCCCGUUUCCACACAGAGAUCAAACCGAUGUUCGACGGGUUAAACAACAACAGAGCAGAGUGGAGAGCUCUGGCGGACGUCCACGAGGCCAAGAUGAAGGCUCUUGAAGAUCAGAAGAAGCAGCUAGAAGGCGGAAAUGAGCCAGCUCCAGACGGAAAGUCAAAGACAUGCAUCAUCUGCUAG